AUGAGAUAUAUACUUUUUACCUCCGCAUUUUCAGGACUCUUGUUUUGCAUUAGAGCUUCGCCGAUUGCAACAGGCGCCAUUGCCCAAGCCACACCAUCAGAAUAUGACCCCCCCUCAACAUGGCUCCCUCUUCCACCAGCUCCUGUCGCUACCUCCGCUGAACGGACACUAUACCGAGUUGCGAGUCGAAAUAACAAAGAUGAAAAUGAAGCCGCCGUUCCACACCUACCUGAAAUUCUAAGUGGAUUUGCAAGGUUUCUCAAUCACAGAGAAGAAAACACGGUCAAAACGACAGGCGGAAUACAACAGAGUACAGAAAAUGGAGUCACGGGGCACAAAACUUGUGAGCCGCUAACUUUGAUAUAUGCGAGGGGAACAGAAGAAGCGGGGAAUAUUGGCACGGUUGUUGGGCCGCAUCUCACAGCAGCACUGAGGAGGCUUUUGAACAACAAAGUAACAAUUCAAGGAGUUAAUUAUCCCGCGACAGCUCGGGAUACCUCGGGUCUAGGCGCAGAUGGCCCAGCGAUGGCAGCUCUUGUAAAGCAAGCCUUAGCGAAUUGUCCAGCGACUAAGAUAGCCGUUGCUGGGUAUUCCCAAGGUGCCAUGGUAGUUCACGACGCCGCGGAAAUCCUGGGAAAUGGCAAAGUCGCGGCAGCCGUGGUUUUUGGAGAUCCUCUGAGGUAUCUUCCACUCGACAUUGCGAUGCCUGGAAAUAUCCGAAAACUUUGUGCGCGCGGUGACCCAGUUUGUGGAAAUGGGGAGGAUAUUUCCCUCCAUAGAUCAUACGGAGAGGUAGCUGAAGAGGCAGCUCAGUUCAUUAUCAAGGCGACUGAGAUAAGAUGA